AUGACCUCGAAGAUCUUGAGAGAAAUGUCUUCUCCCGAACUCUACUACCUUCACAGGCACAUUUGGUCUGUACAAGCAGAAGCGAGCGGAGAGGGAGGCGGAGGAGGAGGCGGAGGAGUAGGCCAGGCGCGGCGCCUGUCUUCCGGCGCGGAUCCCGGGGUGUCCACGAGGGAGGGCCCCCGCCAGCCUUCCCCUCGCCCCUCUCCCCCGCCCCGCUCCCCCCCUCGCCCGACCCCUCCCUCCUCCUCCCCCACCACCACGGCCGCUCUCGGCGAGGAAACUCUGGCCUCCGCGUCCUCCUCCUCCGACUCGGACACCGGCGGAGCCUCCCCGCCACCGCGGAAGAAAGCGCGGCCUUCCCCGGCGGAGGCGGCGGCGGAGGCGGCGGAGGCAGCAGGAGAGCCCGGGGCUUCCGCGGGGAGAGCAGGCCUCGCUUCUUCGUCCCCUCAGGCCGCGGCUGCCCGUCCCCUCAGAGCCCUCUCUGGCGGCACGACUAGCAGCAUCAGCGCCGCGGCCAUGCAGGCCAACGGGGCGGGAGCCGGGCAACAGCAGCAACAACAACAACAACAGCCACCGCCGUCGUCUUCGUCGCCUCCUCCGCCUCCUCCUCCGCCGCCUCCAGGCCCCGAACUGGGCUGCCUCAGCGCCCAAAACGGCGAGGCCUCCUCGGGCUCUGCGCCCGGGGAGCAGCAGCAGCAACUGGCCCACGCCAACGGGCUCCUCCCGGCGGCCAAUAACAACAACAACGGAGGCGGCGGGCCUAGUGUCAACAACGGGGUCUCGGCUCCCGGGGGGUCUACGGCCGAAAUGGGGGGAGGAGGAGGAGGAGGAGGCCUGAAGAAGAAGAAGAGGCUCUCGCAGUCCGACGAGGACGUGAUCCGGCUCAUCGGGCAGCACCUCCACGGCCUGGGCCUCAACCAGACUGUUGAUCUUCUCAUGCAAGAGUCAGGAUGUCGUUUAGAACAUCCUUCUGCCACCAAGUUCCGCAAUCAUGUCAUGGAAGGAGAAUGGGAUAAGGCUGAGAACGACCUGAAUGAACUUAAGCCUUUAGUACACUCUCCUCAUGCAAUUGUGAGGAUGAAAUUCUUGCUGCUGCAGCAAAAGUAUCUAGAGUAUCUGGAGGAUGGUAAGGUUCUAGAGGCCCUUCAGGUUCUGCGUUGUGAAUUGACACCUUUGAAGUACAACACAGAGCGCAUUCACAUCCUCAGUGGAUAUCUGAUGUGUAGUCAUGCAGAAGACCUGCGUGCAAAAGCAGAAUGGGAAGGGAAAGGAACAACUUCCAGAUCUAAACUUUUGGACAAGCUCCAAACUUACCUACCACCAUCAGUGAUGCUCCCUCCAAGGCGUCUGCAGAAUCUACUUCGCCAGGCUGUAGAGCUACAACGGGACCGGUGCCUCUAUCACAAUACCAAACUAGAUAAUAAUCUAGAUUCUGUAUCACUUCUCAUAGACCAUGUUUGCAGUAGGAAACAGUUCCCAUGUUAUACACAACAGAUACUUACAGAGCACUGCAAUGAAGUGUGGUUCUGUAAAUUUUCCAAUGACGGCACUAAACUAGCAACAGGUUCCAAGGAUACAACUGUUAUUAUAUGGCAGGUUGAUCCAGAUACACACCAGCUAAAGCUGCUUAAGACACUGGAAGGCCAUGCAUAUGGUGUUUCCUACAUUGCUUGGAGUCCUGAUGACAGCUACCUUGUUGCCUGUGGCCCAGAUGACUGUUCUGAGCUUUGGCUGUGGAAUGUACAAACAGGGGAGCUGAGAACAAAAAUGAGUCAGUCUCAUGAAGACAGUCUAACAAGUGUGGCUUGGAAUCCAGAUGGAAAACGUUUUGUAACAGGAGGUCAGCGUGGACAGUUCUACCAGUGUGAUUUAGAUGGUAAUCUCCUUGACUCCUGGGAGGGAGUGAGAGUGCAAUGCCUGUGGUGCUUGAGCGACGGGAAGACUGUUUUGGCGUCAGACACACACCAGCGGAUUCGGGGCUAUAACUUUGAGGACCUUACAGACAGAAACAUAGUACAAGAAGAUCAUCCAAUUAUGUCUUUUACUAUUUCAAAAAAUGGCCGGCUAGCUUUGUUAAAUGUAGCAACUCAGGGAGUUCAUUUAUGGGAUUUGCAAGACAGAGUUUUAGUGAGAAAGUACCAAGGUGUUACACAAGGUUUUUACACGAUUCACUCAUGUUUUGGAGGCCAUAAUGAAGACUUCAUCGCUAGUGGCAGUGAAGAUCAUAAAGUAUAUAUUUGGCACAAACGUAGUGAGCUGCCAAUUGCGGAGCUGACGGGGCACACACGUACAGUCAAUUGUGUGAGCUGGAACCCACAAAUCCCAUCAAUGAUGGCCAGCGCCUCCGAUGAUGGCACCGUUAGAAUAUGGGGACCAGCACCUUUUGUAGACAACCAGGAUAUUGAAGAGGAAUGCAGUAGCAUGGAUAGUUGAUGGUGAAUUUGGAGCAGACGACUUCUGUUUAACUUAAAUCUAGUCGUAUUUUAAAUGGCUUGGGAUUUGGUGCAAACAAACAUGAUCAGUAGCUGGACAGACAUGCUCGUCAUGAAAAAAGAACCAUUUCUGAAGCCCAACUGGGGCCAAACAUUUUACCACCUUGCUUCAUAGUAAACAGUUGAGAUGAAGCACGUCGUUAGAACGUUGUUGGACACCAUGUUGAAGUAAACCCCUCAUCGGUUGUGAAGAACUGUGCUCCAUUCAGGCUAACCAUUGAACUCCGUAUAUACAUUUUCCCCUUCUGCCAUUUUGUCAGGCAGACUACUGUUCUUGUUGCUCUUCUGUGUAAUGAAGUUUAAAUGCUUGUUUGGAAAACCUUUUAUUUAACAGUUUAGAAGGCUUGAUAGAAAGAGUGCUUAGUCUGAAGAGUACAUGUUGGAUAGGAAAGUACUUCCUUCUCUUGUUUCUCUGAGUCUCUCCGCCUUAUUUAGCUUGAGAUCUUUGCAGCUUGGUUCAUGGAUUCUAGCCUUGCCCGUUGCGCAGUAUAUCUAAACCCAGAUGUUAAACCAGUGAAUGACAUGAAAGCACUCUCAGUAUCACACUUGACAAAAAGUUUUGUACUUUUCACAUCGCUUGUUACCCUAUAAAGGGGCUAACAGCACAAUUUUUUAAAAUAAUAAAUUAUUUAUAGCAUUAAAAUGACUUCAUUUGUAUACGUUCGGAAUUUAAACCAGCUUAAAAAGUGUCAUCUAUAAGUUAAUGCAGUAUAUAACUGGUGCUCCUCUGGAGUGUUGUGUAAGACCAUUUGGCUGACAACAGUUUUACACAAACUAUAUAAAGUAUUAUUUUCAAAAACAAACUUUAUUUACCAACGAAAGAAUUUGAGAGCUUUCAAAAUUGCCAGCUAAACAAUUAUAAUGUAAUUUCUUAAGUUAAUAAAUGAGAAUUCCUAAUUGGCCAUAACUUGUGCAAUGAUUCUUAUUUGAAAUGUAAGGUCAAAAAUGAGGGCAGUGUUUGUAUUAUCUUCAAAAAAAAAGUGAGUUAACCAUCUCUUGUGAAUUAAAUAUGUAUUAGUCCACUUUUCUCCAGGACCCUUCUCUGAGUAAGUGCGGUUAAUUGCGUGACAUUAGGAAUUGGGUUCCUUAAUUUUCUGUUUGCAUAAGAGAGAUAAUAGAACUCAGAAAAUUAAUCUGGUUGUCUGCCCUACUUAGCUACUGAUUUUCAGAACACCCCCCCCCCCCCCCCCGGGUUAAAGUGUGAAAAUGCAUGUAGGGCCAUUCUUAAAAAGAACUGAACAGAAAGCGACUCAUAAGUAAAUAGAAUAGUAAAAGAUCCUUGUGGCAUUAGCUGAAAAAGAACAAAAAUGGAAAGAGGACUUUACAGGAAGAGGAAGACCUAAGAAAUAAUUUUUUAUUCUUGUUUUGUUUUUAAAUGUAAAGAUUCUGUGAUGAGGAAUCAAAGUUAGCACUGCACCUGUAUAUAUCCCUUGCUUACUACAAUUUUCCUUUUGAUGCUCCAAAUUGAAUGGUUUCAAAAUGUCACCCAAAAGUGGUAUUCCAUUAACUUCACACAGCAAUUAUGUUAUCUUUGUGAACAUAAACAUAACUCUGGCUUCAUAAUCCAAAGAGCUCAAAAUGCACAGAUGAAGAAAUAUUUAAAUAACAGAAUGUCUUCUUGCCAGGUCCUCUAAUGGAUUCUGCAGCAGUAAAGAAAUUUUCAUCCAUACUUUGGCUCAUAUAGGCUGUUCUCUUUCUGCUUAAAAUUUUAUCAACAUUACAUUUGUUACAGUUGCCCAUUCACACACAAUCUGUUUAUUUGAUGUCAAGCUUCUUUACUGAAAGGCUUUUUAUAAACCCUUUUAAAGCCUAUAUAAUAUUUUACUUUUGCAGAUACUCCCAUUCUAUACCUUGAUAGAUUUUACAGCUGUUAGUGACAUGGUGCUCUUACUGAACUUAAAAUACCUUAGGAGAUUGCAGUGAUCAAAGCAUGCUGCAAUUUAUUUUGAGCAGUUGGUCGAAAUCACGUAAUGUAAUCAAGAUUUUCUUGGCAUAGAUCCCAAAUCAGUGAAUAAAUUUGGAGAUGCUUUGCUUUUCUUAAAAUAUGGGAAACUAAAUUAAGGAUACCACAGUGGACAUACCUCUUCCACUUUCUCCUUUAUCAAAUCAAUCCUAGAUCAUUGCUGUUGUUAUUUAAAUGUGUCUUCAUCUAAAACUGCAUGAGAAAGGUGUCUUGAAAGUCACACUUCUAAAUUUAAUGGCACAAUGCAGGCUGCACUAUUUAAAGUAGAAGGGUUUCAGAUAAGGUAGUUUAGGUCUCCUGUCUGCAUGCAACCUUUUACUAUGGAUGACAUUGAACCAAAGGCAAUAUAUGCCUAGCCGUAAAGUUAGUUGACUUCAUUAACACUGCUACCAGGCUAAACAGGUAAACAGCCUAUUUCUUUUCUGAUAUGUGGAUUAAAAAGCACCAAAGGAGGCUGUUGAUGUUUGUAGGGGAGAAUACAUGGAAUAAGUGUAUCUGCAACAUAGUUGCACCUGCAACAUUCAUUUUCAUAUAUUGAAAGGCAUCACUACUGUUGGCAAUUUAAUACUGAAGCAACUCUUAAUUGUUGUCCAUAUUUUACCCAGAACAGAGAUGAUGUAUGGGGAAAGGGAUUCUUUAGACUAUAUUUUGCCUUAGGUUUCCAUACCAGAUCAAUUUCAAAAUAUGCACACCAGCUAAAAAUCACAACAUUUCACCACAGUGCUUCUGAGCUCAUCAGGUAAGUCAUUUUAAAAAUAGGAGCACAAAUGGGGAAAUACAAAUUAAAUUCUAUAUAGCCCUUGAAGUCAUUUUGUAAAUAUGUGGCUUACUUCCCUCACUUUUAAGUUUAGGUUCCCAAAUGAGGGAAGCUAAAUACAAAUUUUAAUAAAAAGUCACAGGUGGAAAGCUACCCAGCGUUUGCCAAUAAUCUCAUUCUGGCUUCCAAGCAGGUAUUGUUGAAUGUAAUGUAAUACUGAGAAUUUAGUGCCAUCUUAACUGUUAAAAAAAUCUCCCACCUCGAAGGAAAAAAUGGCUUUAUGUUAAGCUAUUUCCUAAUACCAGCCUUAUUCUGGCAAUAGAUAAAUUGGGGGGUGGAGAUAGCUUUUUUUUUUUAGUUAUCAGCAAAAGAAUGUCUAACUUUUAAUUUUGGGGUAGGAACAGAAGGGAAAAAGAAGCAAUUUUCAAUAAGAUUUGGUGCCCUUAGUUAAUACCCCAAGCACACAUGUUGCCUCAGUUCGAAGAAUUUGAAAUGAACUGUUAAACUGGAGUUAUCAAUCAUAUAUGGUUAAAAUGUAUAUUGCAGUGGCUUGAGUCCAUUUUCAGCUGCCAUAGAACUGUUCAUUUGACAGACAAUUGGUUGAAUUUUGGAAACACUUUGACACUUUUUGAACAGGGUGGACUUAAUUGAUUUGUGCAGUGUUGUCUGCAUUAGCUGCUCUAGUUGCUGGAACACAAACUAGAAACCCAUUUCCUAUUUGCUGCUUUCAGAUUAUCUGAAUUCAGCAGUGUGUGUGUGUGUGUGUGUGUGUGUGUGUGAUAUGAAUGUAUGUGCGUGAAACACAAAACAGUCAUGGAACCAACUGUUCUAGGUACAUGUCAUGUUUUACUGCAUACUUUAAGUCAAGUUGUGUGUAUGUGAAGUGUCCUGACUUAAGAUUUUGGUUGAUACCAAUAUAUUUUUAUAAAUUUGAAAUUCAGUGUGCCCCAUCUUUUAAGUGUUUCAUUGUUAGGAUAAAUGUACUAGAUUUAAUUCUUAACACUUCUCAGCACAGAUGGAAAAAGUUAUCGGCUCCUUGAAAACGUAUGAGGAAGAAACAGAUCCUCAAAGCAUGUGUGUACUUACAAACCAAGCUGUAGAGAUCGAGAAAAGAACUUUUAUUGUUCUUAAAUUUCUAAAUUGUCAAGAUUUAUAUGGAGUUGUGGUGGAACUAGUUAACAUUUAGAGCUUUUGGUAUGUAAUGACUAUUUGCUAUGGACUGAUAUUAAAUGUUUCAAAGGAUUGUGUUCUUAAACUUUCUGGAUUUUUGUUACUCUCCUCUUCGAUUAUAUUAAGUAGUUUAAAUUUCUUUAUUACAUUAAAACAUAAGAACGUUGGGUCUCCAUAUUUAUUUUCACUUGUUUUACUAAUUAUUUACAGAACACCUUAACUUUUUGUUUUAUAAAUAUGUAGUAUAUUAAAACAUAUCUCUUAAUGUUCAGCUCAAACUACAUUGAUUCCCGGUUUUUGUUUUUAUUGGGGUUUUUAAAAGAAAUUACACUUUUCCAUGUUGGUGCACAGCACUUAACAAAUAUUUGUAUCCCUUUCUUUCCAAUUAAAUAAACAGAAUGAAUUACUGGA